UGAAUGAUAUUAUGCCGAGUUGUCAUGCGGCUUCCAUGGAUUAGCGUGUUAUGAUGGUGGUUUAGCGAUGAGAGUUUCACGUUAUCGGCCGGUCGUUUACAUUCAACUUCUCUUUUUAUUCGUCGAUAUUUUUAUUAAUUCAUUCGGAGAGCUCUUCAGAACAGCUGAUGUAGUCUUGCUAGUGUUAUUUAUCAUUCAAGAUGUGUGCAUCAUUUUGGCAAUCAUCGUUGUCUUCCUUCUCUUCUUCAACACAUAUAUCUUCCAGGCAGGACUUGUCUCACUGCUCAUCAGAAAGUUCAAGACCACUAUCAUAAUAUCUGUGCUCUACUUUGCUCUUUCUGUGGGCCUGCAUGUAUGGAUUCUUACCAAGAAAUGGGGUAACCCCCAGAAGUUCAUCUGGAAUGAAGCUUUGCAAGCACUGUACGUUUUCCAGAGAGUAGGAGCGGUUCUCUACUACUAUUUCUACAAGAGGACUUCACUUAGACUGGGUGAUCCGCGAUUCUAUAAAGACUCGGAGUGGUUAAGGCAGGAAUUUGCUAGGACUCGAUAAGUAACGAGUACUUUAGGGAUGCUUACGGAAGAAUUUCGCUAGGACUCGAUAAGUCACGAGUUCUUUCGGAAUGGUUACGGCAGGAAUUCGUAAGGACUCGAUAAGUCACGAGUUCUUUCGGAAUGGUUACGGCAGGAAUUCGCAAGGACCCGAUAAGUCACGAGUUCUUUCGGAAUGGUUACGGCAGGAAUUCGUAAGGACUCGAUAAGUCACGAGUUCUUUCGGAAUAGUUACGGCAGGAAUUCGCAAGGACCCGAUAAGUCACUUUUACUUUCGGAAUGGUUACGGCUGGAAUUCGCAAGGACCCGAUAAGUCAAGAGUACUUUCGGAAUGUUACGGCAGGAAUUCGAAAGGACCCGAUAAGUCACGAGUUCUUUCGGAAUGGUUACGGCAGGAAUUUGAAAGGACCCGAUAAGUCACGAGUUCUUUCAGAAGGUAAUGAAUGAGUUUACUACAAAUACUCAAUAAUCACGAGUUCUUUCGUAGUGGUUACGGCAGGAAUUCGGACGACUUGAUGGAACACGACCAACAUCGGAAUGCUUACGACAGGAGUUGGCUAGGACUCGAUAAUUCGCGGACAUGAUCGGAGUUCCCGAUAAUCCAAGGUAUUACUCGAAUAACUUUGGAUAAAUAUUGACUCGAAAACUCUAAAACCGUGGAGCCCAAAGUAUGCAACAGAAAACGAAGAACCGGCAAUGCAAGGAGCUUUUAGUCUUCCAGAACACGAAAGAGUUAAAAGAGAAGUGAUUUUAAUCACUUCAGAAAUCAAAAUAAAAGGUUUUAAAGUGACAAGAGAUCUGCAAGGCCCCGGCCAAAAUCUCAUAUUUCUUUGGCGUCUGACGGCCACAUGUCGACGGUUACAUGAAUAACCAUAUACUCGCAUUAGAUCUAAGGACGUUGAUCACAGUUAACUCUCGCUACGGACACCCUCAGGACUGAAUUGGUGAAUGCCCUUAUAGCGAGAGUCCGUAUUAACAGGAAACAUUUUUCAGUCAUUUCUUUGUGUUUUGGUCUCUUUGGGGAUUGUAUUUCUGUACGUAAUAGCUUGGUGUGCGUAAGGCGAGAGCUUACUGUACGCGGAAGCUGUAUUAGGCUUAUUUCCACUAGCGGAGGAAGGGGACGGAGAGAAAUGCGGAGAGAAAGGCCUUACGCGUGUCAUUCAUAGAACUAUCCAAGAAACAACUAUCGUGCGCGCAGUAACACGCUUAUAACACGCAGGUUAAAACACGGAAAUCGCGUUUAUUAGGCUAAGUCGUAUUAUCCGUUUACCGUGUUGAUACAAAUGCAUGUUAAAUGAAUCAAGCCGAUUGUUUCAUCUUCAUUUGCAUGUAUGAGGUACGGCUCAUGGAUAAUACGACGUUUGAAACUUAGGCUAAGUCCAUGAGCCGUAUUCAAUGCAAAUACAUUCAUAUGAAGAUAAAACAAUCGACUCGAUUCAUUUGCAUGCAUUUGCAUUGAAUACGGCUCAUGAAGAAAACGACGUUUGAACUUAGCCUUAUUUUGAAACAUGCUAGAAAAAUAUGAAAGUAUUUCUUUUACCAGAAUGAAGUUGCCUGAUAACCAGCUCCGAUUGGCCCAUGUACACAUGUACACAUAACUUUUUUAAGGUUAUCGCGGAAUGUGUAUGGCAAGCUUUAAAAAUAAAGGCAAAUUGCAAUUUUA